UCACAUGCUCCAGAACUCUAGUUGGAAAAAUGAAUCAAUCUGUUGAACUUGGGCCAAGUAAACCAGUGAAGCAGCCACAAGAGGGCUAUGACAUCACAGCUGAACAGAUGUAUAUGUGUAUAUAAGCCUAGUGAACACCAAGGCAGAAAAGCAGAAGCAAACCAAAACGCAGCCAAGUAACAUUUAUAAUUCAAUUGCCUUGUCUAGUGAAGCAGUACUAGAGACAUAAUGAAUUCCAGAUCUCACAUUGCUUUGGGCACCUUGUUACUUAUCUCCUUUGGAAUUGCAUGCAGUGUAGCAGCACCAGUAAAUGAAGAAGGCUUCCUGCCGCUGAACAACAAGGACGUUCAUUUUACAGAGCUGUCAAAAGUACCUGACCCUAAAAAUGGUUUUAGCAUUGAAGGAAGUGGUACUGGCUUUGAGGAAUCAGUAAAACGUGCCUCAGAAGAUAGUAUAUACAAGAAAGCCUAUGUUCCAGUGUAUUCUUUUAUACGUAUUGCAGAAAGUGUCACCUCAGAUAAUGACCCAACCACAAAUGCUGUCACUGCCAAGUCAACACUGCGGAAAAUUCAAUUCAGAACUAUUGGAGAUGAUUAUGAGGAUUAUGACUAUGGUGAUGACAAUCAAAAAUCAACAUCCAAACCAGUUUCCUACCAGCCACUAAAACCUUGUGACUAUGAUAGUUGCCGUCAUAUGCAAGUGCCUUGUGAUGAAUUACGGAAGGCAGGGAGUUGUCUCUGUCCUGGUCUCUCAGGUCCCAACGUCCGUCCUGAUCCCCCACGGCUUCAUACAGUUACUUUCAGUGACCAUUCUGCCAGUAUUCAUUGGUGUUCUCCAUCUUCCACUGUGGAGAAAUACUACAUUACUUACAAGAAACUGCUUUCAGACACUGAAGACAAAACUCCACUUAUCAACAGUACUGACCGCAUUUAUACUCUUUCUGGACUUGACUCAUCUACUGAAUACGUGAUUUGUGUGGUGGCUACCAAUAAGGCAGGCUCCAGUUAUACCGAUGACUCCCUAAGUGAAGGUGGACCAUGCCAAGCUUUUAAAACACCUGUUCCUUAUCUUCUUUACCUUUACAUUGCCUUGCCAAUUGCUGGAUUCAUCUUGCUUGCGACUUCUAUGCUGACCUGCUACUUCUGCAUGAAGAAGAAGAAAACACCCAAACACAGCUCCAUCGAAACAAUCAGCAGCUCUGGUGGUGUAUAUAAUCCCACAUUUAGCAAUGAAGAGGGUGGGGUUCACAAAUAAUACAAAAUUUCUGUAGAAACUGAGGACAUGUUAGGGUGGUUCACCCCAUAAAACCACCUGUUUACAAAGCAGCCCUUAAUUCCUGAUUUGUAUAACUGGAGGUCCAUCCUACAAGCUACGGAGACAGCCCUUCAUAUAUAGUCUGUGAUUCUAAAAUAAAAGGUCAUAAAAUUUCAGUAUUUAAUUCAUGAACAAAAGUGAAUUAUCAUUAAGUAAAAUAACUGUACAUUGUUUAAUACAAACGAUUCAUGUUUUUCAAAGAUUCUAUUUCUUUCAGUCUAGUUUAGCCUGUGAUAAAGGACAAGGUGCACAUUUUACCAGGCAUUGUAUUAGAAAUAACUGGCUUAUAAAUGUCUCCAUUCAGGUGUAGCAUCAUUCAGUUUUGUUUGGGUUUAGCUACAAGGGCACAUUGCUGUAUUUCAGGAGCUCAGCUAGUUGAAACUCUGCAUGUGAGGCUGACAUGUGCAUAUGUUCAGGAGGGCCCAGGAGGAUCAGGCCUGUUCCCGUACUGUGCACCGCACUUAGCUAGCUGAAGUAUACUACUGACAGUAAUUGUAUACUACUGACAGUAAUCGUAUACUGCUGACAGUAAUCGUAUACUAUGACGGUAAUCGUAUACUACUGACGGUAAUUGUAUGCUACUGACGGUAAUCGUAUACUACUGACAGCAAUCGUAUACUACUAACAGUAAUCGUAUACUACUGACAGUAAUCGUAUACUACUGACGGUAAUCGUAUACUACUGACAGUAAUCGUAUACUACUCACGGUAAUCGUAUACUACUAACAGUAAUCGUAUACUACUGACAGUAAUCAUACAAAUUCAUCUGCCACAUGCCAACAUGGGUAGGAAAAGUCUCUAAAGAUACUACAUAAGUGCAACAAAGAACAUUACUCACACUGCUAAAAUAGGGAUUUUCUGACAUGCCCAGUGGCUAGUGGAUUUUGAAUAUAUCUCUUAAAAAUUCAGCACUGUUAUUUCUGAGACCGACUGGACUCUCAUUCCAGUAAAGGCAGAAAUGUUGGUUCCUAUGUGAAAGGAGAGGAGUAAAGAGUUUAUUCUACUGCUGAAGUAACAGUGACAUAGGACUGAGCAUAUGGUUGGGGGUUGGCAUAAUGGCUAAGGUGUUUACCCUACAAACUGGAGGUACAGGGUUUGAUUUCCACCUUUCGAGACAUUGGCUAGGCUUAAAAUAGCCUGAAAGGACAACCAGCCUAGUACUUACCUAUGAACAGUUUGAAGCUUAAUGCCAAUGUAUACAGUACUUUUCCAUACAAAUAACUUUUCUCUUAGUUUUUUAGAUCUGUAGCAAAUGUUCAGUGUAACCAAAUUCUCAGAUGAGUACAGAGUAUUCAAACUUUUUAAAUAUUUGUCUAUUUAUAAAUGUAUAUAUUUAAUAUUUAUUUAUUUUUAUAUUGACUGUUAUUAGUUUUGAAUUUAUGCUUUGCAGUCUUAAUUUUUAAGAUAAAAGCUGAGAGCAGUAUGCUCAGAUGUUCUGUAAGAUCAAUAAAUUCAUUUUUUAAAUGA